UUGAAGGCCAAAGAGGGAGAGGAGAGAGCUCAGGCUGCAGCUCCAGGCCAGAGCGCAGGCUCGGCCUGCCUGAUCCGGUAGGACGGCAAAGGGUCACUCUAAAAAUUGCUCUAGCAGGGCCCUGUCAGGUGGCUGCUGGGGGCUCCCCACCGGAUUUUCCUUCUCCCCCUCUCUCUCUCUCUCCCUACAGAUCACUUCCCAAGAGGAGUCUGCUGCUAAGACCUCACCAUCUCAAGUCGGGCUGCCACUUCACACAGGAGGCAAGCUCUUGCCUGUGACAGUGUGUUUGCCAACAUGGCGCCCAAAAAGAAGAUUGUCAAAAAGAACAAAGGCGAUAUCAAUGAGAUGACUAUAAUUGUAGAAGACAGCCCCCUAAACAAACUGAAUGCUCUGAAUGGGCUCCUAGAGGGAGGCAAUGGCCUUAGCUGCAUUUCUUCUGAAUUAACAGAUGCUUCUUAUGGCCCCAACCUCUUGGAAGGUUUAAGUAAAAUGCGGCAAGAGAGCUUCCUCUGUGACUUAGUCAUUGGUACCAAAACCAAAUCCUUUGACGUUCAUAAGUCAGUGAUGGCUUCCUGCAGUGCAUAUUUUUACAACAUCCUUAAAAAAGACCCAUCAACUCAGAGGGUGGAUCUUAAUGACAUCGCGCCACUAGGCCUGGCCACUGUCAUUGCCUAUGCCUACACUGGAAAGCUGACUCUGUCCUUGUACACAAUAGGAAGCAUUAUUUCUGCUGCUGUUUAUCUUCAGAUCCAUACUCUUGUAAAGAUGUGCAGCGAUUUUCUGAUACGGGAGAUGAGCGUCGAGAAUUGCAUGUACGUUGUUAACAUCGCAGAAACAUACUCCCUGAAAAACGCAAAAGCAGCAGCCCAGAAAUUCAUCAGGGAUAACUUCCUUGAAUUUGCAGAAUCAGAUCAGUUUAUGAAACUUACAUUUGAACAGAUUAAUGAACUUCUUAUAGAUGAUGACUUACAGUUGCCUUCUGAGAUAGUGGCAUUCCAGAUUGCAAUGAAAUGGUUAGAAUUUGACCAAAAGAGAGUGAAAUAUGCCGCAGAUCUUUUGAGCAAUAUUCGCUUUGGUACCAUCUCUGCGCAAGAUCUGGUCAAUUAUGUUCAAUCUGUACCAAGAAUGAUGCAAGAUGCUGACUGUCACAAACUUCUCGUAGACGCUAUGAACUACCACUUACUUCCAUAUCAUCAAAACACGUUGCAAUCUAGGCGAACGAGAAUUCGAGGGGGGUGCCGAGUCCUCGUCACUGUUGGGGGUCGCCCAGGCCUUACCGAGAAGUCCCUUAGUAGAGACAUCUUGUAUAGAGACCCUGAAAAUGGAUGGAGCAAGCUUACAGAAAUGCCAGCCAAGAGUUUUAAUCAGUGCGUGGCUGUGAUGGAUGGAUUUCUUUAUGUGGCCGGUGGGGAAGACCAGAAUGAUGCAAGAAAUCAAGCCAAGCAUGCAGUCAGCAAUUUCUGCAGGUACGACCCCCGCUUCAACACCUGGAUCCACCUGGCCAGCAUGACCCAGAAGCGCACGCACUUCAGCCUGAGCGUGUUCAACGGGCUGCUGUACGCCGUGGGCGGCCGCAACGCCGAAGGCAGCCUGGCCUCGCAGGAGUGCUACGUGCCCUCCACCAACCAGUGGCAGCCGAAGGCGCCCCUGGAGGUGGCGCGCUGCUGCCACGCCAGCGCGGUCGCCGACGGCCGGGUGCUGGUGACGGGCGGCUACAUCGCCAACGCGUACUCGCGCUCCGUGUGCGCCUUCGACCCGGCGCGCGACUCGUGGCAGGAGCUGCCGAGCCUGAGCACGCCGCGCGGCUGGCACUGCGCCGUCACGCUGGGCGACAGGGUGUACGUGAUGGGGGGCAGCCAGGUGGGGCCGCGCGGGGAGCGCGUGGACGUGCUGACGGUGGAGUGCUACAGCCCCGCGGCCGGCCAGUGGAGCUACGCGGCGCCCCUGCCGGCGGGCGUGAGCACGGCGGGCGCCUCGGCGCUGCACGGCCGCGCCUACCUGGUCGGGGGCUGGAACGAGGGCGAGAAGAAGUACAAGAAGUGCAUCCAGUGCUUCAGCCCCGAGCUCAACGAGUGGACGGAGGACGACGAGCUGCCCGAGGCCACCGUGGGCGUGUCCUGCUGCACGCUCUCCAUGCCCAACAACGUGACUCGGGAAUCCCGGGCCAGCUCGGUGUCCUCUGUGCCAGUCAGCAUCUGAGCCCCGGGUAGACGCGGGGGCGCAGCAAGGAAGAACACGUUAUUAACCAACGUCGUUAGCCUUUGAGUUCGCGAAAAGGAAAAUAUGUAACAUUUACUACACCGGUCGUAUUUUGAAAUGCAUCGAGGCACAGGUCCUGGUGGUUUUAAAUUCCUGGUAUGGCAUAAUCUACCUCUGUGUCUUUUUAUUUUUAUUUUUAUUUAAAAAAAAAAAAAAGCAAAAUACAGUGCCAUAGCCAACAGAAGAAGUAGAAUUUAUGUUCAGCGGCCACUGGGUGGCAGACGGAAUUCGUAUCCAACGAGGCAUGUUUCCUGAAUGUAUAGCGGUUACACCCACAUUUGAGAUUUUUCUUCUUCUACACUUUAGUACACACGAAGCUUAUGUGAGUAAAGCGAUCUCACGUUCAAAAGUGUAUUUUCCUCUCUCUCUCUCUUUUUUCUUUAGAAAGUUGAAAAUGCUCAUUUAUAGGUUUUAUUUAAAAAUGGACAUUGCCUAUAUCCAUAUAGACUUAAGAUUUCAUUCUAAGUCUCAAUGCAAUUUUCCCCCUAUACUUGAGUGAAGGAUUUUGAAAGGCAUCCCAUGGCAAAGUCAGUGAACUUAUGUAACAAAAUCUGACCGAAAAGGAAUAGGGAUCCCAUCCAGGGACUGUCAAGCCGAUGAUACCUUUGUGUUAGCAUGUUCCCCUCUUCCUCCAUGCCUCAGGCCCCCAGUGUGUUUUCCAUCGUAAAAUCUUGCUCUCAAAGAAGAAACUGCCGUGAGUCAUAUAACUAUAGUGUAAAUCAUUUGGGGGCGUUUAAAAUGUAAAUCAUUUUAAGUCCUUUUGUCGUUUCUCCUAGAAGUCUUCACACUUUACCCCUUGUCCUCUAUUACCGCGGCCCCUAAACCCCAGGCAGUGGACUGGUCUGUAUGGUCUGUGGCCCGUCAGGAACCGGGCUGCUCUGGUGAGCCAGCGAAGCUUCAUCUGUAUUUACCGCCCUCCCCACUGCCCGCAUCACCGCCUGAGCUCCACCUCUUGUCAAAUCAGCCGGGGGCAUUAGAUUCUGCAUUAUGGUGAGUUGUAUGAUUAUCUCAUUACAUAUUGCAAUGUAAUAAUGAUAGGGGGAAAAGUGCACAAUAAGUGUAACACGCUUGAGUCAUCCCAAAACCAUCCCCCUCUGCCCCAUCGGUGGAAAAAAUGUCUUUCAUGAAACCCGUCCCUGGGGCUGAAAAACUUGGGGACCACUGCUCUAUUAAAGGAAUUUCAAGUAUCCUGGGAGCCUUACUGUCUCCCUAAAAGCUACACCAGCGUGGUUAAAAGCAACCUUGACCCUAAUGUAAGCACUGGGAAGAUCACCAAAUAAAACCAUGUCCUUAAGGACCAUUAACUUAAAGCUUCAAUAGCCUGAAGGUUGUACAACCAAUAACAAUAAUUUAAUUUGCCCACUCUUUUAUAUGAUGAGAAUGAAGGAAACAUUAAGAAUUCUUAGAUUUGUCAAUAACUGGAUGAAUGGGUUCUCCUGUUGGUAAAUGCCUUUGUUUCCCAUUCAUAUCAAUCCUCCUGAUUUCUUUCUUUCUUUUUUUUUUUUUUUUUGAGACAGUCUCACUUUGUUGCCCAGGCUAGAGUGAGUGCC